GGAUAUGCUUAAUUACCAUGUUUGUUGAUUAAAAGUUCCAAUCAUUACAUGCAUACAUCACACACAUUUGAAGUGCUCUUACUAUGGCAUGUCACAGUUCUGCUUCCGUAAGCUUUCACAACUGUUUUUCUUUGUAGCCCACAUUUCUUGCCUUCUCCUAUAAAAAGCCAUCCAUUAGCAUGCUGUCCAACCCACAUUUAAUCUUACAUAUUUAGCCAUUCUCUUCAAAACAAGAAUAAACCAAACCUCAGAUUUGCUCUACUAUAUCUAGCCAUGAUGUUUCCAUCUGAAUUUGCAGGAAUUCAGACCUUGGCUCAAGAUACUCCAUCCCAUUUUGAGAAUAAUUGUGGGAUUAUACAAAGUGACAUGUCAACACUUAAUUACUUCAACAACUUAUUAGCCAAUUAUCCUAAUUUGCAGAACUCCCUUCUGCCUGUGUAUGAUUUUAAUUCGCAGUCCUCGGGUUUCAGCAACAACUCGACCUCAGAUGAAGGAGAUGAGUUUCAGCUUAGCAUCAUCAAUGAGAGAAAGAAAAGAAGAAUGAUUUCCAACAGAGAAUCUGCGCGUAGGUCGAGGAUGAGAAAGCAAAAGCACCUAGAUGAGUUGUGGUCGCAGGUUGUCCGUUUAAGAACAGAGAACCAUGAUCUCCUAGACAAGUUGAAUAAUGUUUCAGGGGAUCAUGACAGAGUUGUACAAGAAAAUGCAAGGCUCAAGAAAGAAGCUUCUGAUCUUCGACAGAUGCUAACUGAACUCCAACUUGCUAGCACUUACAGUGGUUUAAGAGAUUUGGAGGAAGUUCCGUGCACCACAGCUCAUCUUAGGACUGGUUCUUCAAAUCAUUGUGUCACUAGUUCACCAGUCUGCUUCAAUUAGUUGAAGACAAUUCUGCUCGAAAUAAAAUAAAAAAAAUUACUCUUGAUUCUGUUUCUUGUAUCCUUUUCUUUAAUUGAGCAAUUAAGCAGCCAUUCACUUUUUUAA